CACAUGACCGCGGCCGCGUGAGAGGGGAAACAGGAACCUGUCUCGAGCGGCGAAAGGAGCGAUUUUGAGGAAGUUAGGAAAAAAGGAACCCGAAAAUCACAGCUGAUGGACUCCAAGAAGACUGAAGAGAUCAUGUGGUAUUUGUGGUGAGAUCCAGUAAAAACACCUUCCUCUGUGGGACACAGCUUCAGGUUGUUCCACUGGUCUGAGGAGCAAACAAACAGGCAGGCUGGCGUGCACGUGCACACCGCGCAUGUUUGCUGAAGUCUCCUCCUGACAGCUGGACGCCUCAGAAGGAGGAAUGCAUGUGUAGCCUGAUGGUCAGGCGUGUGCUCCCGGCCCGUGACCUCUGACCCCGUGGGAUGGAUCGGUUGAGGAGGCCUUCGGGCUGGAGCUGCUGCUCCUGCAGCUCUCUGAAGACCUGGCUUCCCAUCCUAUCCUGGUUACCCAGAUACAAAGUCGGGUACCUGCAGAUGGACAUACUGGCCGGCCUCACGGUCGGGCUGACGGUCGUUCCUCAAGCGCUGGCGUACGCGGAGGUGGCAGGUCUUCCUGUGCAGUACGGACUCUACUCUGCCUUCAUGGGGGGUUUCAUAUACACCAUCCUCGGAACCUCGAAGGACGUGACCCUGGGCCCCACGGCCAUCAUGUCCCUCCUGUGCUUCUCUGUGGUGGGGGGGCAGCCCCACAGAGCCGUGCUGCUCAGCCUCCUCUGCGGACUCGUUCAGGCGGCGAUGGCGUUGCUCAGAUUAGGCUUCCUGCUGGACUUCAUCUCCUACCCCGUCAUCAAAGGCUUCACCUGUGCGGCUGCGGUCACCAUCGGCUUCGGUCAGGUGAAGAAUAUUCUGGGAAUCCAGGGAGUUCCUCAUCAGUUCUUCCUGGAGGUCUAUUACACCUUUUACAAGAUCCCAGAGGCCAGAACAGGCGAUGUGGUGAUGGGUCUGCUCUGUCUGUGUCUGCUCACCAUGCUGACCUUCAUGAAGUCCAGCCUGGGCUCCAGUGACUCCGCCUCCUGCACCAGAAUGGCCAGGAAGUUCAUUUGGACUGUUGCGACCAUGCGUAACGCCCUGCUGGUCGUGGCGGCUUCCCUGUUUGCUUUCUCCUGCGAGGCGUACGGCUAUCAUAUCUUCACAAUCACCGGACACACUUCACAGGGGCUGCCGCCCUUCAGGCCCCCACCCACCUCGGAUACUACAGCCAACGGGACCACGGUCUCCUUUAGGGAGAUGCUGGAGGACUUUGGCGGGGGGCUGGCUUUGAUCCCCCUCAUGGGUCUGUUGGAGAGCAUCGCCAUUGCAAAAGCCUUUGCCAGUCAGAACGACUACAGGAUCGACGCCAACCAGGAGCUGCUGGCGAUCGGAGUGACCAACAUAAUGGGCUCCUUCGUGUCAGCGUACCCCGUCACCGGCAGUUUUGGGAGGACCGCGGUGAACUCUCAGACCGGGGUUUGCACUCCAGCGGGAGGGAUCCUCACAAGUGUGAUCGUCUUGCUCUCCUUGGCGUUCCUCAUGCCAGCGUUCUAUUACAUCCCCAAGGCUUCUCUGGCUGCAGUCAUCAUCUGCGCCGUGGCACCCAUGCUGGAUUACGGCGCCGUGGCAAAGAUGUGGCGCGUGCACAGGCUGGACCUGCUGCCGUUCGCCGUCACCUUCCUGAUGAGUUUCUGGGAGGUUCAGUACGGCAUCGUGGCCGGGGUCGCCGUGUCCGGAGCUGUGCUGCUCUACAACGUGGCCAGACCCAGGAUAAAGGUGUCGGACCACGGCGUUCUGGUGAUGCAGCUGUGCAGCGGCCUGACGUUUCCCGCCACAGACCACCUGAGCCGCUUCAUCCACGCUCACGCCCUGCAGGUGUCCCCCCCACGAUCGGUGGUGUUGGACUGUCACCACGUCAGCGCCAUAGACUACACAGUGAUCAGUGAGCUGAAGGACCUGCUGAGGCAGUUCCAGCUGCAGCGUGUGAAGCUGGUCUUCUCGGGACUGAAGCCCCCCGUGCUGAAGGUUUUCCUGGCUGCGCAGCUGCAGGACUUCAGGUUUGCGGACAGCGUGGAGGAAGCCCUGCAGAUGGAGUCUGGAUCUUCAGAGCCGCUCUUGGGGGGCGAUUAAGCCGCAGGAACUGCAUUUUAGGACCAUUUGUCUCAUUUCUGACUCUCUGGGGUGAGAAACCUCCAGACCUAGAUCAGCAGCUUCUUUCAACUCCUUCAAGAUGAAGAUCCCUCAGGAAACUCCUGCUAGGUUUUUUUAUUCCUUAUUUGAAAUACAAAGCUGUUUUAUGUUCAUUUUUAAAACGAUGAAAACUAAGAAAAUAAGAACUUCAGCAAACUUUUAAACACAAAGAUCCCUGAGUUUUUUUAGCCAAAACAUUCUCACUCCCAAGUCGUCACAUGUUGACAUUUGGUGAAGGACCCCUCCAAGUCACGUUUAGACGUUUUGGGUAUCCCCAACUCCUUUUUUGAUGUUCCCGUUAAAUCAUGGACCGCGAAUCGGUUCAGCACUGGUACUGGCACCCCAACCCAGCACCAAAUACGGUACCAGGUCAGGGUCCUGGUACUGGUUUAGGUACUUCCAGACUUCUGCUUCAUCUUGAACAGACUUAAACAUGGCCAACAAGAUGAACUUGAUUCAAGAGCCUGGAUAUACUGGACACAUCCUGAGUACCAAUCUCCAUCCAGUACCGCGUCCCAAAGGUUGUGGACCCUUGAUUUUAAGAACAGCCAACAUGAAAAAAAACAACAAAUUUGGGACAUCCAAAACAUAGAGGAGUCCUUAACCAAACGUUAAAAUGUGACGACUUGGGGUUGAGAAUCUCUUGUUCCAACAGACUCUUCUUUGUACUCAGCGGUGUCAAAUUCUUUGGAGAACAGAUCCUUGAAGCUUCUGGAGGUUGAGUCAUGGCAUCUGGACUUGAAGUUUUCUGUCUUUGAACCAUUUCCCAUCUCCUUCACCAGUCUGAGUGGUUCUGGGUUCAAGACCCCCAAAUAUCCCUUCAUAGAGGUGGAACAUCCACAUUCCUGCAGACAGAUGGUCUCAUUGAAGGGAACGAAGGAGAGAACGUUGUUACGGCUGCCCGGUAAAGGAAAACCCAGGAGCAGGACGGACUCAAACACGUCCAGAGAGUUCAAAGGAUUUCAAAACUAAAAAGUGCCACCAGUAGGGGGAAAGGUCAAAUUACAAAAGAACAACAACUAGAGAGAUACUGGAUCUCUGGAAUGUGCACAAGAUGCUCGGAUAGUGAGAACAGAGUAGACACCUAACGUAGUAUGAAAUAAUACUUGGCAGCUGUGACCAUCUCCAGGAGAACCAGGGGGAGGUCCAGGAGAAGACACAGACAACCUGAACAGAACAAAUGAAAUGUGAACACAAACACCAAAACACAAACCAGAGGGUGGUGAAGGUGAAAAGGUGCUCUUGUAAUCCCUCCUGGCCCCAUCAUGGGGUCAAUGGGUGUGGUCACGCUUGAAUUUAUAUAUAAGUGUAUAAGUACGAACAGACAAACUCUGAAUUGUGAGGAAACAAACUUCACUGACAGUGAAAACUGAGAGAGCACUUAAACUUUUGGGUUCUCCUAACUCUCAAUUCUAAGUUUUUCUAACUCACAUCAAAGUUGUACAGACUUAAAAUGUUUAACUGUAGCAACUUUGAAUCCUGACUCCGUCAUCAUCUUUUUUUUAUUGAAUAACUACUACAGAACAAAACGUGGCUUGAAAUUAUAGAACAUAGUUUUUACAUAUUACAAUCGAACAGAGAGGGCAAUUGAAGCAUUAAGCAGCAAAAACAGAAUCAAUAAAAAUAUUAAUAAAUAAUAUUAAUAAAAAUA